UAUUUUCGGCUGCGGAGUUGCUGACGACUGCGGGAGGCAUCGCCAGGCUCUCAUGGCUCUGCUCAUUGACGCGACGUCAUUUCAUUGUGAAUUCACGCGCGACGAUUCAUGAAUGAACCGAGCGGCAAGUCAAUGAAUUCCUACUAAGCUUUCAGUGCUACGACCCAUAUUGUAUGCCCAACGUAGCCCCUGCCCGACCAUUCGAUACCACACGGCAUUGCAUCGCUGGAUCAUUCAACAAUAUUUUCCGCUGCUUUUCUCAUUUUGAAUACAAAACAUAGAACUUCCUAAAAUUCAUUCCGGCCUUCAAUGAAAGUUUAUCCUAUAUUUUGUGUUUCUAUCAGUGCUCUAAUAACGUUUUAUACAUGAAGUGAACCUACUCCGCGCGUAAUUCUUGAAUAAAUCGCACUUUACGGUGGCACUACUUUAUCGAGUCAAUCACUGAAUUGAAAUUAUUUUUGUCAUGCGUUCGACGAAUGAUUAAUGGCAGCGCAUGCGUAGGCUGAUAUCCUGUCUGAGUUUGUGUUACAGUUCCUCAAAUGCCUUGAAAAUGAAUGGUUUGCAGGGAAAAUGGGGUUUUUUUAAGUUAAAUUGUUCCGCGAACAAUGACAGAAGCCUUUGAAGAUGGAGUCUACUUGGUCAAAGUGCUAGCGCAGGUGAUGACAAGAGACGACAGCACAGGAGGAUGGGUUCCUAUGGGAGGUGGGGGCCUAUCAAAUGUGUCUGUCCGAAAGCGUCUCAUCACCACAGCCCCCACCGAGGACAACAAGUUCGAAUAUCUCAUUUUCGGGAAAAGAAUCUUGGAUCAAUCGGUUGUCUUCAGUUGCACGAUCAAAAAGGAUUUUGAGUACAAUAAAGUAAUGCCAACUUUUCAUCACUGGAAGACAGGAGACAAAAAAUUUGGGCUGACGUUCAACACAGCAGCUGAUGCACGUGCCUUUGACAAAGGAGUCCGGAUAGCUGUCGAAGAAUUAUUAGAUGGGCGAACUUUGAAUGUUGUUCCUACGGCACCUUCCCGGAAACCACCAGUAGAUAUUGUUGAUGAUGAUGUUUUUAUGGCAUUGGAUCUCCCUGUGGAGUCACGAUCAUCGUCGGACUCGUCUGGUGGAAAAGCAUCAGUUCCACCUGCGCAACCCUGCACGGACUACAGUUAUGUUCAGUUGACGGACAUGUACAACGUGAAUGUAGAACGUCGCGACAGCACAGCUAGUUUGAAGAAGAAACUGGCUCCUCCAGUGUUAUUGGAUAAGGUAGAACAGAAGAAAAGUUGUGUGGCAACGUGCAUCGACACAAUCACGUGCGUCUCGUGCUUAGACCAUUGUAUUGACUCGGAGGACGACAUUUGCUCAUGUAGUCCUCACGGAGAUAACCAUUUGAAGAGGUGGGCGGGGCUAGCUCUGUUAUCUCUUUUUAUACCUUGUCUUUGCUUGAAUCCUCCCUUGCGUGCUUGUCAUCGAUGCUGCACCCGCAGCUCCUAGCCCAUCCCCUUGCCUUUAUUUUAUUUUUUAUGAGCACGGCUCUCUCGUGAUUCGGGAGUGUGCGGAGAGCACCAAAGCAGUUUGGCUGUUCUUGUUUCAUUUCUAUUUUGUAAUUAAUAUUUAUAAAUAUUUGUAAAUUAUAAAUCUGUACACUUUUAUUUUGACUGUAUCAUACCAAUUAAUCGCUCGUCUUUUCAUAAUGUUUAUUGUUUCACUAGACGUAUUGUUAUCUUUUGAAUCAUUUAUGUUUACUUCACUCCUUCGUAUUUUCCAACUGGUUAAUGAUUUGUGUCAGAAUUUUUACAAUUUGAUUGUGAAUCAAUUGAAUGCUAACGAUUUCUUAAAACAUUUUUGUAAAAAUGCUGGUAUUUUAGUGCUUUCUCGAAAUUUUAAACAACUGUUCUUCAGUCUCUCUAUAAAAUGUUUUGACCCUAAGGUUUUGCAAUCGCGGAUGUAGUUUUUUCUGGAACAAUCAUUGAUCAUAGCCAAGAUACGAAGGAAACUUUUUUUCUCUCUACCCAAAGCAAGGAUCUUUGUAACAGUUUCAUGCUAAAGAUUCCCAUGUCCAGUACAUUGUUUCAGAGUCAGCUCCACUGUCAUUACCAUUAAUUGGACGCUAAUAUUGGUCUGAGAUGCCAUAAACAUUAUGUAAAUCUCUCUCAAAGCACCACGAAUGUACAUUAAAAAGUCAAUGAUGUAUGUUUCUAUCAGUUGAAGACAAAAGCAGGUUUUCCCAACCUUGAAACAAUGUAAUGAUCAUGGAACAUUUUCGCAUGAGCUGCUGUAUUUCUGGUUGGACUCUGUAGACUGCUUCUUACCUCAAGUGUCUUGCUUAAGAAUCUCACCCAGUUUUGUGAAGAUAGUUCAUGAUUGAAUUGGAGGUAGAACUGGUAUGUAACUGGCUCUACUGUUCAGAGAUAGUAUUCAAAGAAAGUCAAUCCUUUCGAUCCAAUGUUAUCAGCUCCAAACCAUGUAUCAUUUUGAAUGGCAAUGAAAUUGUUUUAUGUCGUCAUGACCGCUUGUGAAGAAGACUGGAACCUCAUUAUGAAAGAAUAAUUCAAACAAAGGCGCUGUGUAUAUAGAUAAAUGAGCAAUGAAUGAACAUUUUAAAGGAAGUUUUUAAGUUGGAAACAUCUAUCUACAAAAGGAAUUUUGAAAUAAUGCAUUUCUAUUAGAGCCUUAUCGUGAACUGCACGAUUUAUUAUUAUUAUUCUACAAUUCCCUUUGUAGUUACAUUUUUCUACUUAAUGAUGACCAAUUAAUAUUUUGCUUUCCAUCAUAGAAGAAAUACUAAAGGUGGUGGUGAACCAGUAAAUGUUUAUUACUGUGUCUCAGCAAGCAAUGGCAAGUUCGAUGAUGAUCUUUGCACAGGUGGAUAUAGUUGGUCGAAAGCAGUGUCUGCCCCUUUAUGUAGCCUCAUUUUCAUCAGCUGAUAAGUGGAUGUACUCUCCUACAUCAAAGUCAAAUUUCAGAAUGGUUCCCUUGCCACCACCUUUUGUAAUUUCUCUACGACUUUCCGUAGCAUCUUAAGGAAACAAAUUGUUUUCGUAUAAUUCUGUUUUUCUACCUGUUAUGUCUAAAGAGCACAAACAAUUGGUUAGUAAGAAACUUCGCAGCAUUUAUUAAUCAAUACGUGGCUCAUUUUGUAGCCCAUGAUAUCACUUUCUCCCUUCAAUUUUUCUGUUAUUUCCCUUCAUUAUCCUUUUAAUCAUUCACGUUUACUUCUAAAUGAUCUUCAACUCUGAAUAUGCAUUUACAAAAGGUUACAGAGUGCUAAAGUAGAGAUCUAAAAUCAGCUUUUCUUUUUUGCAACUAGAGUUUUCUCUGGUUUUUAUUGCUCAAGAUUUCAAUUUUAUGAAUACUUUGAUUUUUUUCAUGGUCAAGGUAUUUGUUCAUCAAUCAAAGAAGUUGGUUUAUCAUGGAUGAACCGUAGGGUGUUACUGUCCAUUGGUGAUCAAUUAAAGUUGAAAGUUUGUGUCAAAAAAUUAAAGAAGGUUGGGUCCCUUCAGAGCUACUGUUAAAGAUCUAACGGGAUACCAAGAUGUCUACUGUAAGGAAAAAAUCCGGGUACACUGAAUUGGUAAAGAUUUUAAGAGGCCCAACGAAAGUUCUGAAAACGUAGGAGUUUUUAUAUUAAACUUCAGAAUUUGAGUUUUUUUAAAAUGAACUUAUAGAUAGAGACUCGGAAAUCAGCAAUUUUUAUACAUCCUCUUCAUGUGUAAUUCAUGAAAAAGCUGGUUAAAUGCCCCCUUUAAAGUACAAUCUAGUGAAAAUUGAAAAAUAGUGAAUUAAUUCACACUGAAAAACUGAUAAUAAGCAACAUGUUCCUUAAAAUUUCUAUGUAGGUAUGAAGAUAGCAGUAUUUCUUCAGAAUUUUUACCCUUGAGUAAAAACCUUGAUGCAAAGGAUAACAUCAGAUUUCAGCCCUUAAAAAUGUAUUGAUCAUCAAUGCACAGACUGAUGAUAGGCACAUAUUUCUAAUUAUUUCUUCUCUGUGUCCCUUGUUUUUUCAGGAAGCUGCUCAAGAUUACAGCCUCCUUUUCCUUUAUAAUUAACUUAUUUAUUGUAUCAGUACAGGGGUCAUUCAUAAAAUACAUAACGCUGAAAAUCGGAUUUUUUUAUCUCUCUCCCCCUCAUAUUGAACCUGUAUUGCACUCCUUUAAAGACAUCAUGUUGCUCUCAGUUUGACCUCCCUUUUAAAGAAACUAAGUCUGAUAAAAUUUAGAUGAGAAAUUGGCACCUUGUAUUAGAUUUUGAAAAAUUAGCACCUUGCUCUCAUUCUGGCCUUACGUAAGAGCCUUGGACACCCCCCUUACCUCUGUAAUGCACCCAUAACGCAGGCUCCGAACUUCUUGUAUUUUAUGAACAGCCCCUAAGUGACUUCAUCUCUCUUGCUUGUGCUUAAGGGUUCUCAUUUCAUCUCACAUUUUUUAUGACCUUAUCUAAUGCCUGUUGUAAGUUAGUUGUCUUAGACUAUUUUUUUAUAUUGAGUUAAUGAUCUUUAGUAUCUAUAAGUCUAUUUGCUGUCAAAAGCCAAGGAAACAAAUAAAUUUACAAGAAUGCUGACAAUAUAAAGUUUUAUGUCUGAACACCAAUUUAAAGUAUUUACUACUUUUUCGAAGUACUUAAAGUCUUAUUUGCUCCAUUGACGGAAGCUUUGUCCAAACUUCUUUUAAUUGUUUAGUUAUUGUAUCUGCAAUACUGUCCUUUUGUCGUUUUUUCUUGUCACUCCAAGUGCCAGUCAAAAAUUAAGGAGCUGUACCUACUUUCAUGGUUCGUGCAUGGCUUAGAGCUUUGAAAAAUUCUUAAUUCUAAACUUUUUUUCAUCAAGGCCAAA